GAAGUUGUUGUUUGCCAUAAUUUGCUCCUUAAAUUGUCCGGCGAAACCAGAAUAUCUGGUUCCGGACAAAGUAAUGGUAAUGACCGUCUCAGUGGAGCUAAAACUAUUCUUAUGUAGAUACAUAUUGUGAAGAUUAAGGAAUGGAGGUGGUGGAAAGUCCUCUUAACCUCGCGCAUCAACAAUGCAGGAAAGCAGAUCGCCUUCUGGCAACUGGGAAAUAUGAGGACGCCAUAGUGUGUCACAGGAAAGCUGCGGAUCUCCUGAAGGAUGCCAUGAAGCUCACAGAUUGUGAACAGGCUCGCCUGUCUCUGGAGCUGCAGCGGGACAGUCACAUAAAGCAGCAGCGCCUCAUCGAGGAGAAGUGGAAGCGCUCGCGACGAGAGGCCAAGCCACGGGUACUCCAGCCCGCUGCGUCCAGUGACGGUCAGCGGCUGAAGCAGCAGCAGCAGCAGGGUACCCACCUGAGCGCCUCUCAGACUCCGCUGCCGCCACUCUCGCCCGCACUGGACCCCACGCAGGUGCCCGAGCACGAGUACGACACCUGGCUGUACCUGCUGAAGAACAAGGGGGCGCCGCGGCCCGCGCCCGAGACCUGCCCAGCCACCGGGGGCAGCAAGGCGCUGAAGGACGACAAGAUGCGCCUGGAGGAGCAGGAGACCACCAUCGGGGAAGCCACGAGCUCUCGGGAGCGGGAGCUGGAGCGCGACGACAGCCAGUCGGAGGCGGACGCGGACUUCGUGGAGCGCUCGGAGCUGCUGUGGGUGCUGCCGCAGCGGCACGCGGCGUCGGCGUCGCUGGCAGUGGCGGCGGCUGAGGAGCGCAAGGCCAAGGACAUCGACAUCCCGCAGCUGCCGCCGCUGGAGAUGCCCACGCAGGAGAUCCCGCUGGACCAGCUGCCCGCCCUGGAGCUGUCCGACGACGUCCAGCACCAGCUGCAGGAGAUCCUCGACGGGGAGAAACUCUGAGGAGAGGAGAGGGAGG